ACUGCUAGUCUCGGCUCACAUACACAGAAUAUACCGUUCUGAAACUCUGAAAGACCCUUGUGUGGCGUCGGAAAUUGUUGGCCCCCAUUUCAAUUCAUAGCAAAGCCUAUUCAAUGUCAACGGCUAUGGCGGCAUCUUCCUUUACAACAACUUCCACCCUCUUCCCGUUCAGAACUACUCCUAAAUCCUCUCAUCUAUUUGCUUUUCCUUGCAAACAGCUUACCCACCUUCCCAACCUCCAUCUCAGACCCGUCUCAGCCUCAGCAGGUUCAUCUUCAACCACAUCCAUCCAAAUCGACAAAUUCCCGGUCUCCGUCACACCCUCGAAGGCUCUUCCCUUUCGGGUCGGGCACGGUUUUGACCUCCAUCGACUAGAACCCGGUUACCCCUUAAUCAUCGGUGGAAUUAACAUACCCCACGAUAGAGGUUGCGAGGCUCAUUCCGACGGGGAUGUUCUGCUUCACUGCGUGGUCGAUGCUAUUUUAGGGGCGUUGGGUCUUCCUGAUAUAGGGCAAAUAUUUCCGGAUUCAGAUCCUAAGUGGAAGGGUUGUGCCUCUUCGGUGUUCAUCCAAGAAUCUGUGAGACUUAUGCAUGAGGCAGGUUAUGAAAUUGGAAACUUAGAUGCUACAUUAAUACUUCAGAGGCCAAAAUUAAGCCCACACAAGGAUGCUAUCAAGGCCAACUUAUCUGCACUGCUUGGAGUGGACUCUUCUGUAGUAAAUAUAAAAGCAAAAACUCAUGAAAAGGUUGACAGCCUUGGAGAAAAUAGAAGUAUAGCAGCUCACACAGUGGUUCUUCUAAUGAAGAAAUGAGAAGAAAAUCUGGAAGUAUAAAGGAACAUGAUAGAACUGCAAUUCGUCCCAAAACUGUAAAUUUUAUAAAUCAUGUUUAAUUAGCUUAUAGUGUACUUUGUAAUGUUUAUACCUAUCUUUUAGUGCACUCUGGCAGUAAAUUAUUAAUUGGUUUUUCUCUUCCCCUGAAUUUUGCUAAGAAUGUGGUUACUAUCUUCAAGCUUUUGGUCAUUUUGGUAUUAAGAGGACCCCUGUAUAGGUUUGAACGGCAGAUGGAGCGAUAAAUAUAUUUAAGCUGAAGAGUAGGGCUGUAUAAACAACGGUC